CACUAAACAAUAUAUAAUAUAAAAACUGUGUGCGGUAUCAAACUCUGACUUCUGCGUCAUCAUCCUGCGACGUUGUGGAAAGGGAAAACGCGAGAGAAGCCUGACCGCGUUAGCUAUUUCGUUCGUCCUUGCAUGUUCUUAGCACGCUCCUUAUUCAGGAUGUCAGGCCACACCCCCUCGCUGAUGAGACUGGAGCAGAGGGCCGCCGAGGCGGAUCAGCUCAUCGAGUACCUCAAACAGCAGGUCCAGCUGCUGAAAGAAAAAGCCAUGGUGCAGGCCACCGUGAGAGAGGAGAAGAAGCUGAUGGUGGAGAACGCCAAGCUGAAGAAGGAGAUUGAAGAACUGAAGAGGCAACUCCUCGAGAAGGAAAGAAGGAGAGGAGUGACAUUGCCCAUGCCCUCAGAAGACUCCAGCGUCCAGUGUGUGUCCAAGCCCUCAGCACCAGAGACGUCAGCUAAACCAGCUCCUGCAGCUCCAGCCUCCGCUGUUAAAAGUCCUCCAGCCGACAACACGGAGGCCAAGACGAAAACUAAAGCAGAGAAGAAAGAGAAGCAGGAGAAGAAGGCGCCUCCUCAGGAGGACCUGAAGGUGGACGUGUCUCGGCUGGACCUGCGUGUCGGCCGGAUCAUCACGGCGAAGAAGCAUCCGGAUGCUGAUGCACUGUACGUGGAGGAGGUGGAUGUGGCUGAAGCGGCUCCGCGCACUGUGGUCAGCGGCCUCGUCAAACACGUCCCGCUAGAGCAGAUGCAGAACCGCAUGGUCGUGUUACUGUGUAACCUCAAGCCCGCUAAGAUGAGAGGAAUUAUGUCUCAGGCUAUGGUCAUGUGUGCCAGCACUCCGGAAAAGGUGGAGAUCCUAGACCCACCCAGCGGGGCAGAGCCUGGAGAACGAAUCACUUUCCAGGGAUUUCCAGGUGAGCCUGAUAAAGAGCUGAACCCCAAGAAGAAAGUGUGGGAGCAGGUGCAGCCUGAUUUGCGCACUGACAACCAGGGUGUGGCUAGUUACAAGGGUGCUGCCUUCGAGGUCGCUGGGAAAGGAGUUUGCAAAGCUCAAACCUUGAGCAACACUAGCAUCAGAUAAAGCCUCAAAACCUGUGGAAGCUUAGGACUCUGUGAAGUUAAUGAGAACUGAGUCUGUAACAUCUGUAAGGAUUUCUAAAAUGACAAUAAAGUAUUUAAAGAUCAGAA